CACAUCUAUAUACACACGCAAGCCGCUUCUACUAACUGAGGAGCAAACAGAGAGGAGAAGCGAAGAAGGGGGAAGAACGGAGACAGAAGAAAGCAGAGCGCAGAACGUAAACAACAAGAAGAAGAGAGUCAUGGCCGAGCCAAGGACGCCCGAGAAGCUGCUGACCGCCAAGCCGCCGGUGUUCCACCACAACAGCCAUAGUCCCAAUGCCUCGCUGCAGCUGCCCAGCCCAAUCAUCACGAGGCGCACCCGCACGGCCUCGACCUCCGCUCGGGCCUUGGAAAAUCCGGUUGUGACCGGCGUUGUGAAAUCCUUCAGCCGCACCAAAGGACACGGCUUCAUUACACCCCAUGCCGGCGGAGAGGACGUUUUCUGCCAUGUUUCCGACAUCGAAGGUGAAUAUGUGCCCAUGCCCGGGGACGAGGUCAAAUACCGUCUGUGCGCCAUUCCGCCCAAGUACGAGAAACACCAGGCGGUGCACGUGCAGAUUAGCAACCUGACGCCCGAGGUGCACCACAAGUGGGAGGAGCCCUUCUUCGGGGGCUCUUCGCCCGCUAAGUAAAGCACACGCUGCUGGUGGCCCAGGAUGCGGAGUGUGAGCAGUUAAAAGCUGAAUGGCCUUCCAGGAAAUUUAAUUGAGUUGGAGCACGCCACCCGAGAUGAGCGAAAUGGAAAACCCGAACAGAACAAUAACCAUGAAAUUAAAUGAAAGCAUAGCAAGCGAAGCCAGGAAAAAGCCCCAUCCAGACCAGAACGUAAUAGAAUACAGCAACAGGCCUGCCAUCCAGCGAACAGCAUCACCAGAGUUUCAAUUGAACACUUAAUUAGAAUUUAAGCUAAGCUAUGAAAGUCAAAACACAGUCACAAAUAUUGCCUUUUCCUCUGGAAGAGGAAAGAGGGGAGAGCAACCGAAACCAGUUUCGAUAAUAUUAUUGAAAACGUAUGUAUUUGGAAAUUGAAAUUGUUAUUCGAGAAGCCAGUAUGCGCUGCGCCCGAUGCUGCGGGGCCUGUAUCAGUAAUUACUUUUAAUUAUAACGAAACAUCUGAAUGUGUUCGCCAAGCAAACAAGCAAAAUGCUCUCAGUAAUUCACUUUAUUAUUAAAACAAAAGCUGCAAAACAA